AUGCCCGUCGUGAACCAUGUUGUGCUCGCUUCGGGCGCGGUAGUCGCCGUCUCGGUAGCUGUCGCAGCAGCUAUGGCCAUGUAUGAGAACCCAGAACUGCGACGAUAUGCAGAUGACAUUCGACGCCGCAUCGCCGUGGCUCUCCACUCGUUGGGUGAUGGUAUCAAUCCGCCUAACCGGCCUCCUCGGUUCAACAGGCCGGAGGAUGCGGAAGGUUUCUUGCAAUCGAGUCGUGGUGCAGGUGCGGAACCGGGAGUUGAUGCCGACGAGGAAACCCGUCGACGACAGCGAGAAGAAUUACUUUAUUGGAAUUCCGUGCUAGAGCAGAAGAAGGAACAGGAAUCGGCUAGGGAUCAACCAGCUGGUUUGCCUGCUCCUGAGCCCUCUAGACCCCGUACCGGCACUCGCGGUACAUCUUUCGACGACUUCCUUCGGCAGGAUGAGAGUGCCGAACAAGGAGCAUACGUCUUCAACACGGGUGCCGAUAUUCGAGAUGGGGGCAGUGGUCUUCGCCAUCGUGUGCCGGCCGCUGCACCGUUAGCUUCAUCGUCGCUGUAUACGAAUCCGUUUGCUGAUGAACACUACAUUUCAAACGACGAAGUUGAUCCUCUUUCUCGGACUUUUACCCUUCCCAGGAAGGAGGAGCACAUGUCAGAUAUAUACAGCGCAACAACCCGCGAGAACGACGACGUCCAGUCCCGCACCUUGGACGGCUCUCCGGCCCUCAUCGAGCUGUCAUCGUCCAAUUUUGGCGCGCCACAAGAUCAAUUUUCAUCGCCGCCGCCGCCGCCCACUCUCGAGCGACAGCUAGGCGAGAAUGAAUACAUGUCUGCAGGCCAGGAAGAUAGACAAGAUGCAUAUGCUUCCAUCCAAGCGUGGGCGCAUGAUUCUAGCCGGAAUUUCUACUCACCGCUUCCAGAGACGCCCGUUGCGCCUGUGUCCGAGCCAGAGGUUGUGAGUGAUGGGCAGUUGACGCCGACGGAUUCGAUCUCCAUCAUUGGAUCCGGUGAGGAUGUUGGCAAUGAUACCCGCGCAGGUAGACCGUUUGAUGUAAUGAGUGAGAGCGAGGGCAUGUUAACGCCCGCGAGUUGGUCCGAGGUGGGAAGUGUUGUCAGCGAGACUGAGGGACAUGCACACGUUGGUGCUAAUACACCACUUCACGGAUAA